AUGUGGAGUUUAGAGCGUAUAGGUAUUGCAAAUCCAGUUGAAAACCAAACUGCUGCUGAAAUGCAACAAGCUGCAAUUGUACAUUUUCAGCGUAGUCUAAAAGUUAAUGAUGAGGGAAGGUACGAAGUAACGUUACCUUGGCUCAAAUUGCAUCCCACAGUUCCUGAGGGUAAAGACUUAGCCGAAAGAAGAUUGCGCACUACAGUUAAGAGACUCAAAACUGCUAACAUCUUAGAAGCCUAUCAAGAGGUCUUACAAAUGUGGUUAAAGGCUGGAAUAAUUGAAGAACUGAAAGAAGAUGAGAUAAUGACUACUGGCCAUUUUUUGCCUCAUCGAGGAUCGAACGGUAGUUAA